AUGAAGUACUCCGUUCUUUUAGGUGUUUUGGCCCUCAACUUGGUGUCGGCUGUGGCGGAAGAUGAUGACAGCAAUGUUGUCACCACCACCGUCUACGGUGAGACCACCAAUACUCACAAGUACGGUCGGUUCGACAAAACCAAGAAGUCGUCCGAAGAAACGUCCACUGGUACACACAAGUACGGAAGAUUCGACAAGACCAAGAAGUCUACAGAGGAAACUUCCACCGGUACUCACAAAUAUGGCCGUUUCGACAAAACCAAGGCUUCCUCUGAGUCCACUUCCACGGGUACCCACAAGUACGGUAGAUUCAACAAGACCAAAAAGUCGACAACAGAAACUUCCACUGGAACCCAUAAAUACGGUAGAUUCAACAAGACCAAGAAAUCGUCGGAAGAGACUUCUAGCGGCACUCACAAGUACGGAAGAUUUGACAAGACCCACGCUAGAACUACCACCACUGUUUUCGUUGCCGACGAAACCGAUGCAGCUGACAGUGUUAAUAAGCAACAGGUUCUUUCUGGUUCCAACUCCACCUCGAGUGCCAGUGCUUCCUCGAGUGCCGGUGCUUCCCAUGUUUACGGACUUUCCCUAGGAGUUGCUGCUCUCGGAGCUGCUGCCGUUUUGUUGUGA